CGGAAGUCCUGAGCGUUUGCGGAGAGGAGAGUCCGAACUGCCCUGAAGGAACAAGAUGUCGGAAAGGAAAGUGUUAAAUAAAUACUACCCACCGGACUUUGAUCCGUCAAAAAUCCCCAAGCUUAAACUUCCAAAGGACCGGCAAUAUGUGGUGCGGCUGAUGGCUCCUUUUAACAUGCGGUGCAAGACGUGUGGAGAGUACAUCUACAAGGGCAAGAAGUUCAAUGCCCGGAAGGAGACGGUCCAAAGUGAAUCCUACCUGGGGCUUCCCAUCUUCCGUUUUUAUAUCAAAUGCACCCGCUGCCUUGCGGAAAUCACGUUCAAGACAGACCCUGAGAACACUGACUACGCCAUGGAGCAUGGGGCCACACGGAACUUCCAAGCGGAGAAGCUGCUAGAGGAGGAGGAGAAGCGGUUGCAGAAGGAAAGAGAAGAUGAAGAGCUCAACAACCCCAUGAAGGUUUUGGAGAACAGAACCAAAGACUCCAAGCUGGAGAUGGAGGUUCUGGAGAACCUGCAGGAGCUGAAGGAGCUGAACCAGCGCCAGGCCCACGUGGACUUUGAAUCCAUGCUGCAACAGUACAAGGAUUACGAGGAAGAGCAGAAGCGGCUGGCAGUAGAGGAGGACGAGAGGGAGAUGAAAGCCAUGCUGGAGCAGGCCCAGGCCAGGCGGCUGCUGGAAGACUCUGAUUCUGACGAAGACCCCGCUCAGGCCCCUGCCAAGACGCUAACGAAAGCAAAACCUACAGACAUCUUGCAGGAGGAUCCGGAGCCCCAGGCCAAAAAGCUGAAGGUGGAAUGCUGGGAGAGGAGCAUCGGCAAGCUGUCCACCAAGGCCACACUCUCGGGGCUGGUGGCGACCAAGAGGAAGCUGGAACACAGCAGCACCAAUGGAACCAGGGCUCAGAAUGGGCCGGUGGGCUCAGCUGCUGGGAGUCAGAGCACAGAGGCCAGCAGUGCUUCGGGGUCAAGAACACUGGGCUCCUCUUCGCUAAGCCUCCUGGGGGCCUACUCGGACAGCGAGGACAGUCAGAGUGAUUGACUAUCCCCAGAUCGGAGGCAGAAGGGCUGAGCCCGUGGCCCUGACUGGGUUCCCAUCCCUUCAUGGUAGAUGGAUCUAGUUGCAGAUGGAGAGUGGAAAAAGAAGACUUUCUGGCUGUCAGCAUGUGUCAUGUUUGUUUUUUCCUUUCCCAAACACUUCUGCCAUGAAAAUGGGCUUGCAGUUUUUUUCUGAACUGACCCGGUGUGCCAUUCAGCAAAUCGGCACCUUCCACCCUUGCUUCUCCUCUCAGUUGCAUUGAUACCAGCAAACUUUAGCAGCAGGAAGCAGACCUUUUGAUGGAUGGGCUGACCGACCAACACCCCUCAGGCAGGGGUGCUUGUGGUGUGUUCGACCAAGUUCCCAUUGGCAUUUUAGAGAGAAGAUCGAGUGACUGCUCCUCCGGUUGACAAAGUGAGGAAAUUGACAUCACCAUUAGUAAAACUUUCCCCACCAACAGCUGCACCAAGAACAGUAAAGCUCAUAAUUUGGACUUAACAAAAUAGAACAAGAUGCUCCAAUAGCUGUGUUUUUUGAGAGGGAUUUGGAAGGAAAUGGGGGAAAUCAGCACAUUCCCAUGAACAAGUUGUUCAUUCAACCCAUAAAGGUCAGGAGGGGUUGCGUUGGGAGAGAGAUGAAAGGAAGGGUGGGUUGCAGGACGGCACAUCCAAGUUUGAUGUUCAUUCCAUCACACCCUUCU